AUGCGCGGCGGGACAGGCAAGGUGCAAAAAAAGUGGAGGGGACGUUGGAAUGGAGAUUUCUCAGUGGAGGUACGUAGCGAAUUGCGGGAGCUCGCGCACGGGCUCCCUGACGAUCCUCGCGUGACCGCGAAUCUCAGUUGUCCCCUGAGCACCAAGAUGGGACAGUGGGUUGACGAUGUCGAUGAAUCAACGGAUUAUCACACAAGGAGGAGAUGCUUGGACAUAUAA